GGCAGGGUUAGUUGGGUUGGCUCAAUGUCACACACAGAUGUGACUCUUUACCCUGCAAACUUACACCGUGACGGCUGAGGAGGAGGAAAGGAAAAGCAAAAAAAAAAAAAAAAAAAUUCUUCCAAACCCACAUUCACACACAGACACAGGAGCUGAGGAGAAGCCACAGACGGCACAACUAGUCUUGGGGCAAAACUUCUAGAGUAGCCAAGUUUUCAGCUCUAACAUUUUCUUUCUUUGCACCGCUUUCCCUCCCACCUCCUUGUGUAGGGAGCAGUGUCUGGACUAGCUGUGCUGAUAAGGAAGACACAACUGCAAGGGCAGGCUCAGCAAAAGUAUCUGUCUGUCUGUCUGUGUAGCCUAGAGACAGACUGAAAACUUCAGGAUUUUACUUCUCUCUGUGGCCCCUUCACCACUCCCCCCCCCUUCUUUUCAAUCCUAAACUGAAAUAACCAAAACUAUUCAAAAAAACUUCUCAAAUCUCUCCGAACGCUUCCACUGAAUCAGAAAAGCAGAUCCUAUCUGAGUGUCACAUAGCACAAACUUUUUUUUUUUUUCCAGUGUAAUGUCAUGAAAGUAUGUAACAUCCAGCACAGCUCCUUCAGAUCUUUUUUUGAAGUCACUCUAGGUAGAGUAAAUACACAUUGAGUGAGAGGGGAUCGCAGUGCUUCCCUCCCAUCCUCAACUUCAUACUCCCCUCUCUCCCUCUCCCUCACUCUUCAGCCCUGAUGCAGUUGGAUGUCUUCAGCCUUUCUUGAACUUUUUAUUUUUUUGGCAGGCGGGAGAACCCUGCCUUCAUGACCAAUAUUCUUGGCGUAAAGAUAUCUGUUAAAUGAAAAAGAAUACCUGAAGAUUAGUGACAAGUUUUGCCUGGGAAAGAAAAAAAAAUAAAAAAAAAAGGAAGGAAGGACCUGAAAGUUUACUGACAGGAGAAAAAGUUGGGAUAGACACUGACAAACCCUUCUUGCUUCAGCUACUGGGGAGAAAGCAAACACAGGAGUUCUGUGGAAUUAACAAGGAGCAUGCAGUCAUGGAUUGCAAUGGGGAAUGCACCCCAACAAUGAGCCGCAAUACCAUCAGCAGCAGUGAUCCAUCUAGUGCACUUGAAGCUCACAGUUUACCAGCUGCCACUUCUUCCUGGGAAUUAAAAUGGCCACCCAAUAAAAUGGCAGAUGACAUUGCAUCUUCAUACUGGCCUGGGCCAUGGCAGUCUGAGCAGAAAGGAAAUUCUGGAAAAAAUUCAGAAGACGCAGAAGUGGAUGUGAGAGAAAGAGACAUACUGAGAGACAGACAACGAGACAGGAGGGCGAGAGACCGGGCAUUCAGAGACUCUUGUCCUGACAACUCCAUGCAGUUCGGAAGGAGGACGCCGACAAGCGAGCCUGGGUACAUGGGGGCAUGGCAAAACUGUGACGCCAAUCUUCUUUUCAGAAUGUCCCAACAGGCCAUCCGAUGUACACUUGUAAAUUGCACAUGCGAAUGUUUCCAGCCUGGGAAGAUUAAUCUGAGAACCUGUGACCAAUGUAAACAUGGCUGGGUGGCACAUGAUAUAGAAGCUUUGGACAAGCUCAGCACUCAGCACCUGUACCACCCAACACAAGUGGAAAUUGUACAAUCUAACGUAGUGUUUGACAUCAGCAGUCUUAUGCUCUAUGGUACACAGGCUGUACCUGUGCGGCUCAAGAUCCUGCUUGACCGGCUCUUCAGUGUCCUCAAACAAGAAGAGGUACUGCACAUACUGCACGGCUUAGGAUGGACGCUGCGGGAUUAUGUUCGCGGAUACAUACUUCAGGAUACUGCUGGCAAAGUCCUGGACCGUUGGGCCAUUAUGUCCCGGGAAGAAGAGAUCAUCACUCUACAGCAGUUUCUAAGAUUUGGAGAGACCAAAUCUAUUGUGGAGCUUAUGGCCAUUCAAGAGAAAGAAGGUCAGGCAGUGGCUGUUCCUUCCUCAAAGGUUGAUUCAGACAUAAGAACUUUUAUUGAAACCAACAACCGCACCAGGAGUCCAAGUGUUCUCACUCAGUUAGAAAACAGCAACCCUUCCAGUAUUCACCACUUUGAGAACAUGCCCAAUAGCCUUGCAUUCCUCCUUCCGUUCCAAUAUAUCAAUCCAGUCUCAGCUCCUAUGCUUGGUUUACCUCCUAAUGGGCUUAUGCUAGAACACCCUGGACUAAGGUUGCGGGAACCUAACAAUUCAAAUCAGAAUGAAUGUGAAGAGACCAGUGAGUCUGAGGUCUCCCCCAUGCCUUAUAAUAGGAGUGAACAACCGUCCAAUAGAAAUGCUUUGAGUAGCAUCACAAAUGUCGAGCCAAAAACAGAGCCAAGUAAUGCCUCCCCUUCUCAAACCUCAUCACCUGUCAAUGACAUUAUUAAAUCUGACCAUGUCAAAAGUUCCUUUAAGAUUCACAGGAUGAGGCGGAUGGGAGCAUCAUCAAGAAAAGGCAGGGUAUUUUGCAAUGCAUGUGGAAAAACCUUUUAUGAUAAGGGAACUCUAAAAAUUCACUACAAUGCUGUUCAUCUUAAGAUAAAACACAGGUGUACCAUUGAAGGCUGCAACAUGGUUUUCAGUUCUCUUAGAAGUAGAAAUCGGCAUAGUGCAAAUCCCAAUCCUCGGCUUCACAUGCCAAUGCUGAGGAACAAUAGAGAUAAAGACCUUAUCCGUGCAACAUCUGGAGCAGCUACCCCUGUUAUAUCAAGUACAAAAUCAAGCCUAUCUCUAACAAGCCCUGGCCGUCCUCCAAUGGGCUUUUCAACACCACCAUUGGACCCUCUUCUGCAAAAUUCACUUUCCAGCCAACUGGUGUUCCCUUCAUUAAAGACUGUACAACCUGUUCCUCCUUUUUACAGAAGUUUAUUAAAUUCAGGAGAUAUGGUGAGCCCCCCAACAUCACUACCUACUAGUCCAAUUUUGCCAGCACCUCUGGGGGUGGAACACCCUCUUUCUUCUCUGUCACAAGACUUACAAUCAUCUGUGAUCAACAUGUCAACACAGGAUGCAAACACAGACCUGGCUCCCAAGAAGAAGCCACGGAAAUCAAGUAUGCCUGUCAAAAUUGAAAAGGAAGUAAUUGAUACAGCUGAUGAAUUUGAUGAGGAAGAAGACAAUCUAGAUCAUUGCCCUUCCACAAAUGACAUUAGCCAAGAUAAUUCUCAAUGUGAUUUAAGUCCUGGGUUAUCCAUCAACAGUUACUCCAAAAAUGGAAGAUGUAUUCUGAGGACAGACACCAGAGCGAACAGUAUUACUUCAGAAGACCCGGAACAUGAAAGAGAUUUUGAAAAUGAAUCAGAAUCAUCUGAGCCAAAGUAUUGUGAUGAACCAAUGGAAGAUGAUCACCUUCCUCUUCACAAAGAUAGUAAUGCCAGGUCUAUGACAGACAAUGAGAAACACUUUGAGAAUCACAUUGACUGUCAUCAGCAGGCUGUUAUAAAGGUAAAAGAAGAGUUUACAGACCCCACAUAUGAUAUGUUUUACAUGAGCCACUAUGGACUUUAUAAUGGGGGUAGUGCUGGCAUGGCUGCACUUCAUGAAAGCUUAGGUUCAUCUUUGAACUAUGGAAGCCCUCAAAAAUUCUCUCCGGAGAGUGACCUCUGCUCAAGUCCUGAUCCUAAAAUAUGCUAUGUGUGCAAAAAGAGUUUCAAAAGCUCAUACAGUGUGAAGCUGCACUACAGGAACGUUCAUCUGAAAGAGAUGCAUGUCUGCACAGUAGCUGGUUGCAAUGCUGCUUUCCCUUCACGACGAAGUAGAGACAGACACAGUGCCAAUAUUAACCUCCACCGCAAACUGUUGACCAAAGAACUGGAUGAGAUGGGGCUGGACUCCUCUCAGCCCACACUACGAGAUGAGUUCUUGGCAAAGAUCUAUGGUGGUCAACAUCCCUUGGUCCUGGAUGUUAGAGAGGACACCAAUUCGCCAGUCGGUACAGAGGAUUCCCACAUCAAUGGAUAUGGCCGAAGCUUUUCAGAUGAUUACAUGGUCUUAGAUUUGAGCACGACCUCCAGUGUCCAGUCCAGCAGCAGUGUCCAUUCCUCUAGGGAGUCUGAUGUGGGCAGUGAUGAGGGUAUACUCCUGGAUGACACUGAUGGUGCCAGUGACAUUGAGGAGUCCUUUAAAAAAAAAUAUGCUUCUGCCCCUCUCAUGGGACCAGGCAAUGAUCUUUCAGAAUCUUCCUUAUACAACAGCUUUGCUGUGAGCAAUGGGGGAAUAAUGUGCAACAUCUGCCAUAAAAUGUACAGCAACAAAGGGACUCUACGAGUUCAUUAUAAGACAGUGCACUUGCGAGAAAUGCACAAAUGCAAAGUCCAAGGGUGCAACAUGAUGUUCUCCUCUGUACGCAGCCGAAAUCGGCACAGUCAAAACCCUAAUCUCCAUAAAAACAUUCCUUUCUCUUCUGUGGAAUAGCUUCUAAAUGGACACUGUAAACUCCAGAUUUCACAGACAACAUGACUGAACUGCUCCAUAUUUAUAUAUACGUACAUAUAUAAAGAAAAUGUAUAUGUAUGUUAUAUAUCUCUAUAUAUAAAUCUAGAUAUAUAUUCUUUUUAACAAAAAGAGAAAAAGAAAACUAUGAAACACUAGGUGCUUUUUAUGUUCACUUAAAGGUGAAACUGCCCUCCAGAGGACAAUUGAACAAAAAAGAAAAAAAAAUCCAAACAUGGUCACUUAUACAGAUUUUUUUUUUAAUGGAAUGAAGUACUUGGUUAUCUCCAAAGAUAGUGUCUUAAUAUCCCAGUGACUAUUGCUCGCAAGAAAAAAUAAUGAACAGUUGUUUUGUUUGAAUUCACAAGAACACACUGUUAGGUAUAUUUUGAGAACACUAAGCAUGGCAGAUUCACCUGUAUAUAUGGAGUCCGCUUGGGCAGACAGUAUUGUAUUGAUGGUUGUGUACUCUUGGUUUCUUGUUGCAGUUACACAAAGCUGUUUGCAGGAAGAAGGGUUGCUGUCUCGGUCUGUUACUUUAUUUUAGCUUUAAUGCACAUUUUUGCAACACAGACACCAAAACACAACCGGUUUGUAACUACCUGCUAGAUGUAGUAUUAUCCUGGUGUUGCAUGCUUACAGCACUAUCAGACCAUUGAGGUUUUUUUUUGUUUUGUUUUUUAGCAUUUUGUACUAUUUGUAUAAAAGCAGCCAUGCACUUUUCCCCCAUUCAAGCACUACAGUGUGUGCAAUGAUAUCCUUAUUUUAACUCUUCAGUGCUGAAAUCAGCAUCCUUGUGGCAAAAUUAUACAGUCUCCUGUACUGAAGGAGCUAAAGUAAUGUUGUUAUCUUUAGAUGUUUUGGCCUGAUCUGGUCAUAUAAAUGGCAUACUUGCCAAAUAAAACAAGUAUUAAUGGAGUUUUGCAAAAUGUUUUAUGGUAGAACUGCCAAUUUUGCACAUAUCACUUAUAUGCAGAAAACAUUCUGAUGAGGUAUAAGCCAUAUUUCAUGGUCCUCUAGCAAAUAAAAGCUAAACUAUAAUAUAACAGAAAAAAAGUUGAAUAUUUAAACAGUGUUCAGAGCCAAUACCACACUCCAGCGAUGCCUGACUAUUAAACAGGGUGAUAAGAUAUUUAAGAUGUAUGAUGACAAUUCCCUUACCCCUAUCAUAUUAUGGAACAACCAACACGUCUGUUCCUUAAAUCUGCAUAAUUAUUGCACAUGUAACCGGAGGGACCACAAUAUGUUUUUAGUGUUAUUUCCUAAUUUACAGUGAACGAAAUGACAACAGGGUGGCUUUCUCAGUGAAUUUCACUUAAAUUCUAAGUGUUUGUCCCAACACUUGAUAUGAAGUCUUAGUUUUUCUAUUUGUCAGUAUUAUAGGGAAUUAUAUCUCUAUGGAAGUUUAAUUCAAGACACAAGAAGGUUUAUUUAUGAUUAUUUCCUAAAUAAUGUUUGUUUAGUAAAGCAGGGCAAAGGUCAAUCAAUUUGUUGCAACAUACAGUUUCAUACUGUAGGUCUUGUAUUUAUUAAAUAGUUAUAAAAAAAAUGAUUUUGUUUGCACAUCCUAAGUAUCAGAGCCCUUUAAGGGCUUUUAGGACAUUCUACCCUUCCACCCUGAAUUGUUAGGGCAAAAGUAACAAUAAACUAACUGAUAGGUUCCCUCUCUGAAAUACUGAAUUUUACUGACAACCACAUCAAAACAAUUAGAUAAACCUAUUGCCAACCUUACUAAAAAAAAAUAUUUAUUUUCUCUAGGUCUAGGUGAGGCUCCUAAAUGUGUGAUCCUUUAGCAUAAUUAUAUGAUACAAUUCAAUAAUACUUUAUUUUUAAAUGCAAAAUUCAAUUUUAGUUCAUGUUUGUUUAGCAACAAAAAAAAUAUGUUAAAAGAAAAGUAUUUCUUUUAAACGAUUUAGCAAAUGCAAGAUGCACUUCCCUUUAAAGUCAAUGCAUAUGUCAGAGGCCAUUCUGCAGUAAAGAGUUUUAAUAUUACAUCUCAAAUUUACAAGCCCAGACCUGUGUAAUAAAAACAUCCAGGUGGCUCCACAAACCUCCCCUGAUAGGAGACUCCGCCAAAAUGAAUCCCUUUAUGUCCAUAUAGCUAGAAACAGGCAAAAGCAGUAGUAUUUGUGUGUCAUUGGCUUUAUCUUGGGAAUUCUUACACAUAGACUGGGGAUCAACUUACAAUCUUCUUAGUAUCUGGGUGGUCAGCAAGGCCAUGUUACCUCAUUAUUGUAAAAACAUAAAAAAAAAAAAAAAACUCCUCAUCAAGAGACCAACAGCUGAAGCACUUAUAGUACAAUAACCUGGAAGCAUGUGCUUGACCUCAGAUGGACUACAUUCCUAUGGUAAAGGAAAAUUAAGAUGAUUAAAAAACACAGAUAAUAUUGCUAAUUUAUUUGAACAUUUUGCUGAGAACAGUGUAUAGAGACUUAGAAAAGCGCAAGGCACUUUUUUUCUCUAUGAAACCUUCACAUGUUUUCUGUGUUUACGCAUUUUGCCUGAGCUGGAGAAUAACAUGGACAGCUUAUGUAGCUAAAAAAAUUACUAGUGAAAGAAUAUUAACCUGACCAAGAUAUUCUGCCAAAAUAUUACAUUUCUAUGUGUAUUGAAUCCUCCUGCUACUUUUUUUCCAGUUAAUACCUCUUUCAACAAUAUCAACUCCCUGAGAUUAUAAUUCAUUGCCGUAGCAUCCUGUAUGUAAAGUCAAUAUAAUUUUUCUUUAAGUUACAGCAUCAGUUUGUUACGAUUAUUCAUGCUUAUGUUAUAUUUACAGCAAAUAUCUCAUGUUUGCCAAAGGAACUCAUAUACAACUUUUUAAGUUUACCUAAUGUACAUAGCACUCAUUGUGGAUUUCAAGCAUACACAUGUUCUAGCAAACAAGACAGUAUUUACAGUUACACUGAUUGCUGAAAAUUUUAUUCUCAAAGAACUGUAAAAAAAAAAAAAAAAAUGCCCACAGGAAUAACCAGUUAUGUUUUUUUUCUGGGUCCACAGUGGUAAAGACUGAAAAUUCUUGUUAAAACAGUAAAAAGACUUUUUUUUUAUUUAAACUUGCAUUUGUCCAACACUAAUGUUUACUGAGAAAAGCUGAGGAAUUUUUUGAUGACCAUUUUUUGGGAAAUGUCACUGAGUUUUAAGUACUACUCUCGGUUAAAUUGAAUAGUAUUCAGCUUAGUUUUUAUACUGUUCAUGUAUACUGUAUGUGUUUGUUAAACUGCAACCGGACUAAGUAAAGUGUACUCUUCUUAUUCAG